AUGAACAUCUCCCAGUCUUCCUCCUCAAAUCUUGCCCAGGUCGCCCGUGCUGCGAUCAACCGUUUCUUCCACCCAAACAGCCACCCCAAAAUGUCCCACCAGCCGCUGCCACCGACGACGACAGCGACGACGACAACGGGGCCUGCCUCUGCUUCACCCGUCAGCCCAACCUACUCAGACACCGGCUCAGGCUUCUCAGCUCCCUCACCGUCCCCCUUCUCAUCUUCCUCCACAUCCACAUCAGCAACUUCCUUUCAGAGCUCAGGCCACACCGAUUUCACCGAUUUCACCCAACAAUCCAACUCCUUGUACGACUUUGCAUCCUCAGAACAAGAUCCAACAAUCACAGACGUUGUCGACAGUGGCCUAGCGUGUCUCUAUAACCCCAACGCGAACGACGUCCUGCCGGGCGGUCCUAGCUCCGACUACUCGGCUUUUGCCUCUGCUCACCCACCCGGCAAUCCGGGGGCAGUGGUCUACACAUCGGCUGGUGAACUCGACCUCAAUGCAACCUAUGGCAACAUCAUGGCUACCGACUAUUCAAGCCCCACAGCUCCCAACGACUGUAACAGUUUCAUCACUUGGUCGCCCAAGAACAACACCCAGAAUAUAACUGAUAGCAACAACUCUUAUCAAAGACUCCAGCAGCAACAACAAAGCCAACAUAUCGCCGACGCCACCUCUACCUCCACCAGUAACACCGCCUCUCGUGCACCAGCUUCCAACUCUACAACCGUCCGCCAAUCCUCUCCCUCCGCCCCGACAUCCAACUCUAACGGUCUUUAUCCUUCGUCCAAUCCUAACGCCUCGAGCGGCCCAGCCAAGCCUGGCAUGCUUGGCCAACUAUACAUUCCUUCGUCCCAACCCAGCUCUUCGGCCGCACCCGUUCAUUCACCAAUCCCGAGUCGAUACGCUGGGUCCGAGGCAGUCGUCUCUGGCGGCCAGCCCAACCCAUCAUAUUCGCACUCCCAGUCCAUGAUGGCGCCACAAUCCCAAUACCAGCACAAUCACCAUCAGCGGCAUUCGAGCAGCGGCAGCACAGGAAGCAACGGCGGACAUCCUCUCUUAUUUGACGUGGACGUUGACGAGUGGCAUCCAAAGCCCGGUGCGCAGUCCCACUCACAGCAUAACCAGCAACAUAUGCGCUACUCGUCAGCGGGCUCUGCAUCGGUGUCACCUCCCCAAAUGUUCCACCAGCCUUCGAUGUCGUACGGCCGCCCUCAACAAUCCCAUCCCCCUUCCCAUCCCCACGCCCAGUCGCUCCAUCUGAAUCUCAACCUUAAUGCUCACCCGACGGGGUCUCCGGCAUCUUCCCUUUCAUCGCUAUCGCCCGGACAAAUGUCUUUGCCUUUGACACCAGGUCAUGAGUUUGGUCACGGGCUUGGUGCAGACUAUGGAAUGGUCAUUAACGGUUCUGGAAAUGGGCUUGGAUUGGCGAUGAGUGGUCCCCCACCCACUCCCAUGUCCUCAACGGCCUCCUUAUCUCCCGUGAUUCCUGGUCCUUCCUCGUACCCAGUCACUUCUGGGCGUGGUGCAGGGGUGAACAACUCUCAGGCGCUGCUCGCUCAGCGACGGGCGAGUAUGGGUAUUGCCCAGCCUUCGACCUCUCCCAAUGCCGGUUCAUUGUCCCCUCGGCAGCAUCACCAUCCUUAUGCACAAGGUUACCAGCAAAGAGGUACUCACGGAAGAUCCCCCCUCCAUCCUAAUCAAAUCCAACAAGCUCGAAGGUCGCCACUCCAUCAAGAGUUCUUCGACGAUGGCGCAUCUGGUAUUGGGAAGGCAGGUUCCAUGAACCCUGGGAACAUUCCGGAGGACGACGCGUACGCAGGCCAGUAUGAGAAGAUGUAUCGGGAGAGGCAAAGAAGGGAGUCGAAGCGACAGGACCGGGGCCGGGACGGCCCUCAGCCAUCUGUGUCACUCGAUCAGCGAAGACAUUCGGCACCACUCGUGGAUGUUCAGUUCCCUGCUCGUUCCCAGCCACAACCACAAGGUGGAUAUUCUCCACCGGUCCUCCUUAGCGAGAUGGGGAGGCGACCUAGCGCGCCAGCUGUACAUCAAGUCCAUCACAACCAGCAGCAAAGAUAUGCCAAUCCGAAUAAUGGCGGCUAUGCUCCGGGCGUGUCGACUUCUCCAUCAUCAGUGUCGUCUUCGAGAUCUGUUCCCCUCGCACCUUCCCUCUCCGCUUCCUCGUCCACUUCUUCGACUUCCUCGCGCUCUCCCGUCGCGCAUAUCCCCAGCCAGUCGCUUCCCUCGCAACAUUCGACCUUGGCGGCCGCUGCCGCCGCUCACCAUGGAAGCACUCGCUUGUUGAGCGAUAUGGUCAACUCUGGUUCGAUGACUUGUAUUCCUGGAUCGGUGUAUGACGAAGAGGGAAUCAACGUGGUCUCCGAGGGCGCGGAUAUGUCUUCCAUCAUGCAGCUCGACAUCGACGAGAAGGUUGCGCAACAACACCAACCCACAUUCGAUAUGGACAUGGGAGGGAUGGAGUCAUUGAUGGAUGUCGAAAGUGCUGUGCAUGGACACGGUAUGGCAGGCGAUAUGGGUGUCGGGAUUGACAUGGACAUGGACAUCUUGCGGAUGAACAUGGAGAUGUCGAUGACGAACUCUGGGCUCCAAUCUUCCGGACCGACAAACACUUCUUCGACUUCAGCGUCCAACAUCUACAUCCCGCCUAUGCCCGUGACAGUGGACAUGAACGAUCUGACUGACGCUCACAACAAUGCUGCCAACCAAGGUAUCUCCCCUCGCAUGAUGAUGCUCGAUGACGCUGGCAAGACAGGCGACUCGGUCGAUCAGCCACAGGACAUGUACGACUUUGAAUCGGCUUUGGACGCUGCGCCUUCUCCGACCCUCGUUGGCGUUUCCGGUAUCGGCGUCGUGCAGGAUUGGCAGAAGGCGGGUGGCGAGUACGACAGUGCCGACUCUUCCGAGUCGGAGUCCGAUGGUGAGGGCACGGGGUUAUUGUCAGAUAUUGAGGGCGGCGAGGGCAAGGGGGUUGUUGGGAGGAAUGGUGGAGAGGGAGACGGGGGUGCUGUAAAGGGUAGGGAUGGUAGACAACGUCGUGGAAAGACUGGUACAGCAUUGGCUGUGGACGGUCUCACGGGUGGGGCGGGCGCUGGAAGGAAGGUGGGCGCUGGUGGGAAGCCGACGAUGAAGCAGCGAGCCUCCAACAGGACCAUUACCUCACGCUCCACCAGGAGCAAGGCUAGCACGCAAACGCUCACUCAACGCAACGUCGACGGUCAGGCUGGAGAUGGAUUGGCGGAUGAGGGUGAGGAGGUUGGUGGGGAGGGGGAUGAGGAUCUGCUUUCGAGCAGUGAUGAGAGCUUUGAUUAUGAUGACGAAAAGGAUGGCGAGUUUGUGCCCCGGUCCAGGUCCAAAGGUGCUGGAGGUUCAAGGUCAGCCUCCCGCAGGGCCACUUCCAACAACGCCGCCGCCUCUGGUAACUCAGCCUCCGCUCCUGCUGGUGGUCGUCGCUCCGCUGGUUCUCGAGGCCUUCGCUCCAGGGGUAGUGCUAAUGGCAGAUACAACCCGUACUCUGUCUAUGCUGCGACCGCUGCUGCGGCUGCUUCCCAACCUAGCGGCGAAUCUGGCUCCUCUACCACCCCGCCUGGCACCGGUCUCCGGACCCUGAACGUCCCUGGAUUCGAGGGAAGCACUGAUGGGUCUGUCUCCCCUUCGGUUGGUGGUGAUCUCGAGCUUGGUCCAGAUGGAAAGACGCGCAAGGUCCGACCUGCUGCGAGUCUUCCUGUCCCUGUCCCUGUUCCCAACCUCACCAAGAAGAGCCGUGGUCGACGAGUGCCUACUGUCAGCAGCUUGGAGGAGUUGAGGAAGGCUGGGAGCGCUCAGGGCACCGCUACUUCAGGUCGCAAGGGUCGUGGUGGAGCAGGUGCAAAGGGUGCGCGGAUGUAUCUUUGUGACGUGGAGGGCUGUGGCAAGUGCUUCGCUCGUGGUGAGCAUCUGAAGAGACACGUCAGAAGCAUUCAUACCAAUGAGAAACCCCAUACAUGCCCUUACCCUGGGUGUGGCAAGGACUUUAGCCGGCACGACAACCUUGGCCAGCAUAUGCGGGUGCACAAAGACUAUGUGCCUCCGCCGAACCCUGCCAAAGCCUGA